AUGGCAUCACGGAUGUGGUUGUGCAUGUGCUUUUGCUUGACGAUAACUGUCGCCAUAACUCGAGCUCAAAACAUCACCGAUCCAGCUGAAGCGCGAGUUAUAAAUGCAAUGUUCAGCCAAUGGGGAAUAGCAGAAAUUGCAGUAACAGCAAUGGGAUGGAACAUAAGCGGAGAAUUAUGCAGCGGCGCUGCCGUUGACACUACCACGGACUUCGAUUCCCAGGGUUACAAUCCCGGCAUCAAAUGCGACUGUAAUAUCCCCAAUUCUACUACUUGCCACAUCACCCGACUAAAAGUUUAUGCAAUGGACGCUGUGGGCCCGAUCCCAGAAGGACUCUGGACUUUGAGAUACCUUACAAAUCUUAAUUUGGCACAGAACUACUUGACAGGUCCUUUGUCACCUUCCAUUGGCAAUCUAACUCGUAUGCAGUACAUGACUAUCGGUAUCAAUGCUUUAUCAGGGCAGGUUCCACCAGAGCUAGGGCAGCUUACUGAUCUUAGAUCACUGGGAUUUGGCACAAAUAAUUUUAAUGGUUCCCUGCCAUCUGAACUUGGAAAUUUGAGAAGAUUAGAACAGAUUUACAUUGAUAGUGCUGGAGUUGGUGGUGAAAUUCCUUCUUCAUUUGCUAAUUUUCGGAACAUGCAGACAGUAUGGGCUUCUGAUAAUAAUUUCACAGGCAGAAUACCAAGCUUUAUAGGAAAUUGGUCACAGUUACGAUCCUUGAGGUUUGAGGGGAAUUCUUUUGAAGGUUCAAUACCACCUUCAUUUUCUAAUCUGACCCUUUUACAGGACCUGAGGAUAAGUGGUUUAUCUAAUGGAACUCUGGAUUUCAUUAGGGAUUUGAAGUCCCUCAAUGUUCUAAUGUUGAGGAAUAACAGAAUUUCUGGCUCUAUUCCAUCUGACAUAGGAGAAUAUGUAAACUUGACACAACUGGAUUUGAGUUUUAACAAUUUGAGUGGGCCUAUUCCAUCAGGGUUGUUCAACUUGAGCCAAUUGUCCUUCUUGUUUCUUGGAAACAAUAGUUUAACUGGCACUCUUCCUGAUGAAAAGAGCAGAACUCUGAGCAAUGUUGAUUUGUCAUACAAUCAACUAUCUGGGACACUUCCUUCUUGGGCCAAUAACCAAACUUUACAAGUUAACAUAGUUGUGAACAACUUCACUUUAAACAAUUCAGCAUUGAAUUGUCUCCAAAGUGGUUUCCCUUGUAACCGUGGAUCACCAAUAUAUAGCGACUUUGGAAUCAAUUGUGGUGGCCCACAAAUUACAUCCUCAAGUCAAUUAGUCCAUGAGCAAGAUAACGAACAACUGGGGCCCGCAACAUACUAUUUGACUCCUGAAAGGAGGUGGGGUGUCAGCAAUGUGGGACGAAGAGACAAUCCGAGAUACACAGCCUUCGCUCUACGCCAAUUCACAAACACUUUAGAUUCAGAACUUUUCCAAACAGCAAGACUCUCUGCUGGAUCUUUAAGGUAUUAUGGUUUAGGCCUUGAAAAUGGUAACUACACUGUAAACCUCCGCUUCGCAGAACUUGCAAUAGAAGAUGGUUCCACUUGGAGAAGCCUUGGAAGGCGCGUAUUUGACAUUUAUGUCCAGGGAAACCGGGUUUUUCAAGAUUUUAAUAUUAAAAGGGAAGCAGGGGGGGCUUCAUUUAGUCCUGUUUCAAAGGAAGUGACAGUUGAGGUUAUAAAUAACUACCUUGAGAUUCAUCUAUUAUGGACUGGAAAAGGAACUUGUUGUGUACCUGAUCAAGGAACUUUUGGACCUCUCAUAUCAGCAAUCAGUGCUACACCAAAUUUCGUCCCUACCGUGCGCAACAUUCCACCUUCCAACAAGAAGAAGAAUAAUACCGGUUUGAUUGUAGGGAUUUUGGUUCCCAUUAUAGUUGUCAGCUUUUUGGUGUUAUUAGCCCUGUAUGUUCUUCGUCAGCGAAGGAAAAAGAAGAAUAAUGAUGACAAUUAUGAUGAAGAGUUCCUGGGAAUUGACACGAAGCCUUAUACUUUUGGCUAUGGAGACUUGAGAGAUGCAACAGAUGAUUUUAGUCCUGCAAAUAAACUAGGGGAGGGUGGUUUUGGACCUGUUUACAAGGGAACACUUAAUGAUGGAAGGGUAAUAGCUGUGAAACAACUCUCCAUAGCCUCACACCAAGGCAAGUCCCAAUUUGUUGCAGAAAUUGCCACAAUAUCUGCUGUCCAACACCGUAACCUCGUCAAACUCUACGGAUGUUGCAUCGAUGGAGAAAAACGUCUUCUUGUCUACGAGUAUCUUGAAAACAAGAGUCUCGAUCAAGCAUUAUUUGGAAGGAAAAAAUUGUCACUUCCAUGGUCUACCCGUUUUGAAAUAUGCAUGGGGUUGGCACGUGGUCUCUCAUAUCUCCAUGAGGAAUCACGCAUACGAAUUAUACAUAGAGAUGUGAAAUCUAGCAAUGUUUUACUUGAUUCGGAUCUGACCCCUAAGAUAUCCGAUUUUGGUUUGGCCAAACUUUAUGAUGACAAGAAAACACACAUGAGUACUCGUGUUGCAGGCACAAUUGGGUAUUUGGCGCCAGAGUAUGCAAUGCGUGGACACCUCACGGAAAAGGCUGAUGUGUUUGGGUUUGGAGUUGUGGCUUUAGAGAUUGUCAGCGGAAGGCCCAAUUCUGACUCAAGUUUGGAUGACGAGAGAAUAUAUCUUCUUGAAUGGGCAUGGAACCUACAUGAAGCGAACCGUGAACUCGAGUUAGUGGAUGAAGAAUUGUCUGAAUUUGAUGAAAACGAAGUGAAAAGAGUGAUAAAAGUUGCCCUUUUAUGCACGCAAACUUCACCAACAUAUCGACCAUCAAUGUCGCGUGUGGUGGCUAUGAUUUCGGGUGAUGUUGAAGCAAGUGGUGAAAUUACCCGGCCUGAGUACUUGACCGGUUUCAAAUUUAAUGAUGCUACAACUUUUAAGAGUGCGGUUCCAACUUCAGCUUCAACUACAACUACAACUACAACUACGGGUAGUGAUGGUGUCGCAAGUACGAGUAACUCGACUGUUUCACCAUCACUACUUUCGCCACAUGAUGUUUCCCGACCCAUGCUUCAUGAUAUUAUCGGAGAAGGUAGGUGA